GGAUACUUAGGGAUAUGCUGGAUUGCAACCCUUAUGACGCUCGACAGCUUUAAGUUCAUCUUUCGCGACCGCUGGACGGAUUCGGAAGUAACAGGAGGCCUUAUUGGGGAUAUGCGCAAUAACACCGUCGAUAUAGCUGCGACCGGUUUCCUCUACACAAGCGGACGUGCAAAAUACUUAAAGAUCUUGUCUUGGUAUUGCUCCUUUCGCUCCAUUUGCAUGUUUCUCAAUCCCACGGCGGCCGCCAGCGAGCUUCACAUAGGGGAGUUCCUGAAGCCAUUCAGUUGGACGGUUUGGUUAAUUUUCGGCAGCCUGCUGCUGUUGGCUGGAUUUCUGCUCUGGCUGACAUUUCGACUGGAGGGCAGAUUUGGGCAUGUCAGCAUGACGCCGUCGUUGCUGACCAGCUGCCUUCUGUCCUUUGGGGCCGCAUGCAUUCAAGGCGCCUGGAUAUUGCCGAACUCCACCGGCGGUCGUAUGGUAUUCUACGCCAUUAUGUUGAGCUGUUUUCUGAUAUAUAAUUAUUAUACAUCAAUUGUGGUAUCCAGCCUGCUGGAUGCAGUGCCCAAAUCGAACAUUCGAACCAUCCAACAACUCGCAGAUAGCAAUCUCGAGGUGUCCGUCGAGGCAAUAAUAUAUACAAAAGUCUAUGUAGAGACCUCUGAUUAUCCCGAUGUGCGAAGUUUGUAUAUCAACAAAAUUGUGAACAGCAAGAGAGAACCACAACGCAUUUGGUUGCCUGCGGAGGAGGGUGUCCUGAUGGUGCGGAAUAAGCCCGGCUUUGUUUUCAUUGCGGAUGCAGCUGGCGCUUAUGGGUUUGUGAGGAAACAUUAUCUGCCUCAUGAGAUCUGUGAACUAAAUGAGAUUCUUCUGCGUCAAGAGACUGCCGCUCACACAAUGGUCGUAAAAAAUUCCAGCUAUGCGGAGGUUCUAAAACUUAAUUUUCUGCGAAUGAUGGAGACUGGAGUACAUGCGAAAUACUAUCGCUAUUGGAUACACAGCAAGUUGCAUUGUUAUCAGAGCAACAGAACCGUUGUUGUGGGCAUGGAUUCGGCAGGACCACUGUUUCUACUGCUAAUCUUUGCCUAUACAAUGUGUCUAUUUGUUUUGGGCUUGGAAAUAUUGUGGCACCGACGACAGCUAAGCGCUGCACGUCAUUAAGGCAAGUGCUUCUAAUCGCCAAUCAUAUAUUUGAA